CAUGUAUUAAAUGUUAUCUAAACUAUAAAUGGUUUCCUGAAAAACUCUAUAAAAGAUCUUAUACGAUGAUGCUCUUAGACAUAAGUUAAGCGAAUCAGCCUCUAAUUUUGUUUCCGCCCUUGCGCGACGGUGCCGCUGUCGAUUUACGGAGAGUGAGUAUCUGCAAUGUUUAUGUUGUGCGUUUGUCUUUCAGACUAUCGAGAUUAAUCUGAAUGCUAUUCGGGACCCGCAGUGAUCUUGAGAUUUCUCCGGUGGAGUCCCGAGAUUCAAGGGAGUUUGUGAACACAGGUAAUCAGCAAUAUAUUUUGUAUACAUUUUGAUCGAAACGGAAAACCUCACUUCACAGAAACCCUCGCUUUCUGUAUCUACUUGUCCUCUUUAGUUGACCUAUUAAACAAGAUUUUGUUGAGAAUCAAGAAACUGCAAAACUUUAUAUGGACAUUUGAAGUUUGAGUGAAUGGAUCAUGCUCUGAGAUUAGCUCUCUUGCUGGUGCUUCUUGCCAAAGUUUAUCCAUCUUCUAGUGCAUAUGAGUUUGAGCAUUGCGAGAAUACUGUCAAGCAAUGGGCGUCUUCAUCUCUUCACUCCACCAAUAUCAAAGAUGGGCACAUUCUCAAGGAUUUGUUGUUCUUCCUUCAUGUCCCAAGAACAGGAGGACGAACUUACUUUUAUUGUUUUUUGAAGAAACUGUACUCUAACUCUCUAGAAUGCCCACGAUCUUAUGAUAAACUUCGGUUUGAUCCUCGCAAACAGAAUUGCAAGUUGUUUGCAACUCAUGAUGACUAUAGCAUCAUGUCCAAACUCCCCAGAGAGAAAAGUUCAGUAGUAACCAUACUUAGAAACCCCAUUGAUCGUGUUUUUAGUGCUUAUGAGUUCUCUAUAGAGGUAGCAGCUAGGUUUUUGGUGCAUCCUAACUUAACAUCAGCUACAAAAAUGUCUAGAAAUUUGGGUUCAAAGAAAAGUGUUAUAAGCACACUCGAUAUUUGGCCAUGGAAGUAUUUAGUUCCAUGGAUGCGGGAGGAACUAUUUUCUCGGCGAGAUGCUAGAAGGAGAAAGGGUCCACCUAAUUCUUAUGGGGAUGACUCAUAUAAUAUGGAGGAAAUUGUUACACCAUUACAUGAAUUCAUCAAUCAUCCUGUAGCUCUGGAUCUUGUUCAUAAUGGUGCCACUUUCCAGAUUGCAGGUUUGACAAACAAUUCUAAUACAUGGAAGGUGCAUGAUGUACGCCACUGUGUAAUGACUUAUCAAACUCUUGGAAACUAUGUGCUUCAAGUUGCAAAGAGAAGGUUGGAUGAUAUGCUAUAUGUUGGACUUACUGAGGAACACAAAGAAUCUGCUACAAUGUUUGCAAACUUUGUUGGUGCACAAGUCAUUUCACAGUUAGUGGGGACUGAAACUGUAAAUUAUAAUAAAUUAGAACAGGGUUCUUUGGUUUCUAAAACUGGAUUUCAUACUUCUCAUAAUCAGGGUAACAAUACAUCAAUCAUUGAAGAACAAAAUGAAAAUAUGAGUGUGGGCAAACUUAUGGAAACUUAUGAAACUUGUGUUUCUAAAUUAAGAUCAACUCAGUCAAAAAGGCGUAUGAGUUCUUUGAGAAGGAUCUUUCCUGCAAACUUUACAAAGGAGGCUCGAAGACAUGUUCCUGAAGAAGUUCUUAAGCAAAUCACCUUGUUGAACAGUUUAGAUGUUGAACUGUAUAAACAUGCAGAGAUUAUUUUUGAAAAACAGCAUCAAAAGUUGCUUGAUUCUUCCAUGCCUGUAAGUGAGAGGUGGCAGAUGAUGAAUAGUAACAGAAGCUACAUUGGUAAUGCAUGGGAAGUCGUUUACUUGUCUGUGUUCAUAUUCUUAGUGUUGUUUAUUUUCCUUUAUGUAAAAGCAAAAAGAAGAAUAUCAAAACUUAAGAUAUAGACAUGAUUAAUUAUAAUUUAUAAUUUAUAAUUUAUAAUGAUAGGGGGAACUAGGAGUUGUUAGAAUACAGAUGCUUAGAGAUGUUGGACACUAACACCCCAUUAUGUACACUUGUAUGUUGUCUUGAUGUAUUUCCAUGUUAAUGGCUCUUUCUUGCUAAAGUCAGUAAGGUUGUUUCUUUU